AUGGCCUUCGUGCUAGUUGAUUGUAUUCAUUCUUCCUUGCACCAUCUUGAUCUGGUGGUUGACAUGAUGCCUCCUGGCCAUUGGCACCUUCUUCUGUUGAAGCUAGUGAGAUUUAGGUUGCGGAGUCUCAAAAUGUUUGCUCUUUGUGCCAGGAAAUUGGGUAACGAUAUAAGUCUUGGAUCUUUCUUAGCGACAAUUGAAGAUACUGUUCGCAGGAAUGCAGAGAAGAUUCACAUUAUUCAUCUUGAUUUUGAUUCAACUGGUCGAGCUAAUCUCAAAGAUGCCGCUGAUAAAUUUGAAGAAGACAUCGCACGGCUUUAUGGCGGAUUAGAUGAAUGGUAUGCCACCCUCCUGGACACCACAAGACAAUCAAGUCCUUUUACCACAAAUGAAGUCCUGGAAAUUAUUGGUUCCUUCCAGGAGAAUCUAGUGGAGUUCUAG